AUGGGGUCGCCACGGCAGCAACGUGCGGAAGAUUUUUCACAGGAGAUAACACAGGUGACGUUUCGGCUGUCAGAAGGCUCUCCGCUUUACUUUGACAAGCGAGUUUUGGUGGCCCAAUCGGAAUACUUCGCAGAAAUGCUUUCGAACGAGAGCUGGGUAGAAGGGCGUACACAUGAAGUUGACCUUCGAAACAACCCAGAUGCAAACCAUCAAACAGUCUGCGCGAUAUUUAAAUUUCUACAAGACG